AUGUCCUUCACGGGGACGGGUUCCUUCGGGAACUACGACCUGACGGCCCAGACGACCGGGUCGCCGCUCGCCCGGCAGACGACGCGCGAACACCCAGAUCAAGCGGUCACACCCGCGGCAUCAUCACCAGCUCGCAAUGACCAGGGCACCAGAACCCGUGCCACAUCGGUAACGGAGAUUGCCGAUGGUGAUGUCUCGCGCUAUGAGAAGGACAUUUCACCAGGCAAUGCAACCGACACGGCCGGCGAGGACGACGAGGCAUCGGAGAACGCAGUUGAGCAGGAGCGCCGUCAUAGCAUCGUGCAAGCUCUAGCGAGGAAGUUCACCAACCAGUCGAAUGCCGGUCCCCAAGCUGGCGUCAACCCCUUUUUCGUUUCGUCGGACGACGAGGCUUCGCCGUUAAACCCCAAUGGCCCCAAUUUCAACGCCCGUGCCUGGGCCAAGGCCGUGGUCGAAAUGACUGCUGGCGAAGGCCAACAGAUGCGUACCACAGGCGUGGCCUUCCAAAACCUCAAUGUGCACGGCUUCGGCUCUGCGACGGAUUACCAGAAGGACGUCAUCAAUGUAUGGCUGGAGGCCGUCGGCCUCGUGCGCCGGAUUACUGGCCACGGGAAGCGUCGCAUCGAUAUUCUGCGCGACUUUGAUGGUCUGGUCCGCAAGGGCGAGAUGCUUGUCGUCCUGGGACCUCCAGGCUCGGGCUGCACGACAUUUUUGAAAACCAUCGCUGGCGACUACAAUGGCAUUUUCGUCGAUGAAAACUCGUAUUUCAACUACCAAGGAAUGACGGCCAAGGAGAUGCACACGCAGCACCGUGGCGAGGCCAUCUACACUGCCGAGGUCGACACGCAUUUCCCACAGCUGACGGUUGGCGACACGUUGACCUUCGCUGCCCAUGCCCGCGCUCCGCGCCAGCUGCCUCCCGGCGUUAACAAAACGAUGUUUGCCAACCAUCUAAGAGACGUCGUCAUGGCUAUGUUUGGCAUCAGCCAUACGAUCAACACUCGCGUUGGCAACGAGUACAUCCGUGGUGUCUCGGGCGGUGAACGGAAACGUGUCACCAUCUCUGAGGCGGCCCUGUCCGGUGCGCCUCUGCAAUGCUGGGACAAUAGUACCCGAGGCUUGGACAGCGCCAAUGCCAUCGAGUUCUGCAAAACCUUGAGGCUGCAGACCGAGCUGUUCGGCAGCACAGCUUGCGUGUCCAUCUAUCAGGCGCCUCAGAGCGCCUACGAUCUUUUCGACAAGGCCCUUGUGCUGUACGAAGGCCGCCAGAUCUUCUUCGGAAGGGCCAGCGACGCCAAGCAGUACUUCAUUAAUUUGGGUUUUGAAUGCCCCUCUCGCCAGACGACGCCCGACUUCCUCACGUCGAUGACAAGCCCACAUGAACGCAUCGUGCGCCCCGGUUUUGAAGCCAAGGCACCGCGCACCCCCGAUGAGUUUGCCGCCGCCUGGAAGAACAGUGCAGAAUACAAGGCUCUGCUGGCCGAGAUUGAGGUGUACAAGCAGAGCCACCCCAUCAAUGGGCCCGACGCCGAGGCAUUUCGCGCUUCCAAGAGAGCACAGCAGGCCAAGUCUCAGCGACUCAGGUCGCCCUUCACCCUCUCGUACAUGCAGCAGGUUAACCUCUGCCUUUGGCGUGGUUGGAGGCGACUGAUUGGCGAUCCGAGCUUGAGUCUCGGUGCCCUGAUCGGCAAUUUCAUCAUGGCCUUGAUCAUCUCGAGCGUCUUCUUCGACCUGAAACCCACCACGUCCAGCUUCUACCAGCGAGGCGCCCUGUUGUUCUUCGCCUGCUUGAUGAACGCAUUCGCCAGCGCCCUCGAGAUCCUCACCCUGUACGCCCAGCGUCCCAUUGUCGAGAAGCAUGAUCGCUAUGCCCUCUACCACCCGUCCGCCGAAGCUGUGGCGUCUAUGUUGUGCGACAUGCCGUACAAGAUCGCGAACACCAUUGUUUUCAACAUCACCCUCUAUUUCAUGACCAAUCUGCGCCGCGAAGCCGGUGCUUUCUUCUUCUUCCUGCUCAUCUCAUUCUUCACCGUCAUGACCAUGUCCAUGAUGUUCCGGACGAUCGCCAGCUCGUCAAGAACCCUGUCUCAGGCCAUGGUACCGGCUGCUGUCAUUAUCCUCGCCCUCAUCAUCUUCACCGGUUUCGUUAUCCCCAUCGACUACAUGCUGGGUUGGUGCCGUUGGAUCAACUACAUUGAUCCCCUGGCGUAUGCCUUCGAGUCCCUGAUGGUCAAUGAGUUUCACGGCCGCACCUUUGAAUGCAGCCAGUUCGUUCCGAGCCCCAGCUUCCCCGGAUACGAGAAGGUCGGACCCACAAACAGAGUCUGCUCAGCCGUUGGCUCCGUCGCCGGGUUGGGCGUCGUCAAUGGCGAUGACUACAUCAACACCGCUUUCCGGUACUACCAUGAGAAUAAAUGGCGCAACUUUGGCAUCAUCAUUGCUUUCAUGAUCGGGUUCCUCGCCUUUUACAUGUUCGCUGCCGAGAACGUUGCGGCCAAGAAGAGCAAGGGCGAAGUCCUGGUCUUCCGCCGCGGCCACAAGCCGGCCUCGUUCAAGGAGAACAAGGGCGACGCCGAGUCCGGCGGAAUACCACUGGCUGGUCCCGUCGCCGAGGCUGCCAACGGCCAUGUUUCGGACGGCCACUCGUCCGACAAGGAGGGUGGCAUGCUGCAGAAACAGACGAGCGUCUUCCAUUGGAACAAUGUUUGCUACGAGGUCAAGGUUAAGGGCGAGACGCGACAAAUCCUGGAUCAUGUCGACGGCUGGGUGAAACCGGGCACCCUGACCGCUCUGAUGGGUGUCUCGGGCGCUGGUAAAACGACGCUUCUCGACUGCUUGGCCGACAGAACCUCCAUGGGCGUCAUCACUGGCGAGAUGCUUGUCGAUGGCCGUCCCAGAGAUACGUCUUUCCAGCGCAAGACCGGAUAUGUCCAACAGCAGGAUCUACAUCUCCAAACGACGACUGUUCGCGAGGCCCUGAACUUCAGUGCACUCCUUCGCCAGCCCGCUCAUGUUCCCCGCGAGGAGAAACUUGCGUAUGUCGACGAGGUCAUCAGGCUCCUGGAGAUGGAGGAAUACGCCGACGCCGUCAUUGGAGUUCCCGGCGAAGGUCUCAAUGUGGAGCAGAGAAAACGUCUUACAAUCGGUGUUGAGUUGGCUGCCAAGCCCCCUUUGCUCUUGUUCGUCGACGAGCCGACUUCUGGUCUCGACAGCCAGACCUCGUGGGCCAUCCUGGACUUGCUCGAGAAGCUGACCAAGAGCGGCCAAGCCAUCCUUUGCACUAUCCAUCAGCCGUCCGCCAUGCUCUUCCAGCGCUUCGACAGGCUCCUCUUCUUGGCAAAGGGCGGCAAGACGGUCUAUUUUGGCGAUAUCGGCAAGAACUCCAAAACCAUGACGUCGUACUUUGAGCGCAACGGCGGUUUCCCUUGUCCUGAGCAGGCGAACCCGGCCGAGUGGAUGCUUGAGGUUAUUGGCGCCGCUCCUGGAAGCCACAGCGACAUCGAUUGGCACAUGACGUGGCGUGAGAGCCCUGAAUACGCCGCUGUCCAAGACGAACUGCAGCGCCUCAAGCGUGACGUGAAGGAGUCGAACCCGAUCACCGAGGACCCCGGCAGCUACCGCGAAUUCGCCGCCCCCUUCUGGCAGCAGCUCAUCCACGUCACGCACCGUGUCUUCCAGCAGUACUGGCGCACGCCGUCCUACAUUUACUCCAAGACUGCCCUGUGCGUCCUUGUUGCGCUCUUCAUCGGUUUCGUCUUCUACAAUGCUCCCAACACGAUCCAGGGCCUGCAGAACCAGAUGUUUGCUAUCUUCAACAUCCUGACCAUCUUCGGCCAGCUUGUCCAGCAGACCAUGCCGCACUUUGUCGUUCAGCGCUCGCUGUACGAGGUCCGCGAGCGGCCCUCUAAGGUGUACGGCUGGAAGGUCUUCAUGCUGUCGCAGAUUAUUGUCGAGCUGCCGUGGAACACGCUGAUGGCCGCACUCAUGUACGUCUGCUGGUACUAUCCCGUCGGUCUCCAGAAUAACGCCUCGGCCGCCGGCCAGACGGCCGAGCGCGGCGGCCUCAUGUUCCUGCUCCUCGUGGCCUUCCUGCUCUUCACCUCGACCUUCACCGACUUCAUCAUCGCAGGCUUCGAGACGGCCGAGGCUGGCGGCAACAUUGCCAACCUGCUCUUCUCGCUGUGCCUGAUCUUCUGCGGUGUCCUCGCCACGCCCGACACCAUGCCCCGGUUCUGGAUCUUCAUGUACCGGGUCAGCCCCUUCACCUAUCUCGUCAGCGCCAUGCUAUCGACGGCCGUGGCCAACACCGACGUCGUCUGCGCCGCCAACGAGUUCCUCCACUUUGCCCCGCCCGACGGCCUCAGCUGCGGCGAGUACAUGGCGCCCUAUAUCUCGCAGUUCUACGGAUACCUCGAGGAUACGGCCAACACCACCAUGUGCUCGUACUGCACCAUCAGCAAGACCAACGUGUUCCUGGCGAGCGUCCAGUCCAGUUACGAUGACAGGUGGCGCAACUUUGGCAUUCUUUGGGCAUACAUCAUCUUCAACAUCCUCGCCGCUCUGGGCUUGUACUGGCUUGUCAGAGUUCCCAAGAAGAAACUUGGGAAGAAGAAGCAGGAUUAA